CGUGGCAGUAGUCGAGUAGUGGUUUGUUCAGCUGAACGUGAGUUUAGUAAACAAAAACCUAAAUAGGUGGAUAGAUACCUGAACGAUGUGUAUCAAAUCAGUUUUUGAACUGUGAUUGGUAUCAGGUGUGGCGCAGUGCCUAUUUCAAGCUCUUUUACCCAAACCUAAACUAGGACGAGUUUAUUUCUCAGAAGUACCUUGGAUUGUGCAUUACAAGAACACACAAUGAUGGCGUCAGAGGAACUCUCCUUUGUGGCUCCCCGUAAAUUGAAGGGCCCCCAUCACCAUGACGUUACCCAUCCAGCCACUCUGUGGCGAUAAUACAUCGUUGCCCUUACGUGGAGGUGUAACCGGAAGACGAAGAUUGUGUUUGAGUGCUGCUUGGGCUGAUCCACCGACAACACGAAGAGAAAGACGUCGAGCAAUUUGCUCAUGGUCGGUCGGAUACGGUACACUCACCGAACAAGAAGAGUCGCCAGUGAAACAAGAUUUGCUUACAAAAAAAGGAAAAGUGGCUGACAACGCCACAUUGCUGGAACCGCGGGGCCGCCGUCUAGUCACCUCCAUCGCCCCCACUCAUGCAUCCCCCCCGGCGUCUCGCCGGUCCCGCAGCAAAGUGGAUCUUUUGGCUAUGCCCGGCCUAAAAACCCUAGUAAAUCGUCGACGAAACAGCGGUUCUGAGACCCAAACCCCUCUAGUGAAACAAAAUGGAAGUUCGGGCAACCUCAUCAAGCCUGCUGCCAGUAUGGCCAGUCUGCGGAAAUACGAGACAGUUUUGGCACUCACUGGAGUGCUCCGAUCGUCGUCAUCGUCGAGCAGUGUUGAGCCUUUGCAACCUGUCAACAGACUCAGAGUACCUCCACAAGAGUCCACCUCGAGGUUUUGUUCGCGAUGUUCCAGUAUCCUCACUUUAGCUUCGACGUCGCGAUAUUCGCUCAAUUCCUCCACGGGGGGGUUCGUGCCCAUACACAAAGAGACUCUACUACUUUGCAAACUCUGUCUUGCGGAAGUGCCUUCCAAGGAUGCGUGCUGUAUUGCCGACUGCAAGUGCUCCUUUUGUGCAGAGUGUAUGCGAGUUUACGUGGAAUUUGAGAUAGCCCAAGGAGCUUACGACAUUUCAUGCCCCGACGCCCAGUGUCCCUCCAAAGGGGUUUUAACCGAAGAAGAGAUAAAAAGACUGGCUGGAGACGAUUUAUUUGAAAAACACAACAAAUACCGCUUAAAUAGAGAAGUAGAAUUAGAUAAGAAUCGCACAUGGUGUCCCCGGGCCGGUUGCGAGACCGUCUGCAACCUCUGCCCCACUCAACAAUGUCAUCCUCAAAGCGUUCACUGCCCGAGUUGCACAACCGAUUUUUGCAGCAACUGCAAAUUGGAGUGGCACGAAGGCUUAACAUGCGAGGACAACAGCAAAAAGUUAGCGAAAGAAGGGAAAGUCGAAGAGCCUGGAAUAUCGUUCAAUUCAGAUCUCAUAAAAUGCUGCCCCAUGUGUAAUGUUCCUAUUGAAAAAGAUGAAGGCUGUGCACAGAUGAUGUGUAAACGGUGCAAACACGUCUUUUGCUGGUACUGUCUAGCCAGUCUUGAUGACGAUUUUUUGCUCCGCCACUACGACAAAGGCCCUUGUAAGAAUAAACUAGGACAUUCGCGAGCCUCAGUGAUCUGGCAUCGAACUCAAGUGAUUGGGAUUUUUGCAGGAUUUGGGAUUUUGCUUCUAGUGGCUUCACCUUUGCUUCUUUUAGCUGCGCCAUGCAUUGUUUGCUGCAAGUGCCGAGUGUGUAAUGCAGGGACCACGAAAUUAGACAACGAAGAAGACGACGCUCCCGUUGAAGAAUCUUGAUGUGGUGUGCUUCACAUUGAAACUUAUUUUUUGUCUAGUCUUUCGUUGCAUAAACAUCACUGAAUUGUUUUAUAGCUUGAAGUUUAAACAUGGACGGAAGCUGUGAUAGAACUGUGAUUAUGAAAACCGUCUGUGUCUUGGACUUGUUAUAUAAUUUAUUUGUUUUAUUGGCUGAACAAUGGAGCUUUUUUAGCUGUUGAUUAGAAUACUGUGAUAUUUAAGAGGGUUGAAAAGUAUUAUUAUUUUAUAUUUUUGGCAUAUUGAAUCGGUUUUGCAGUAUUCUAUUACACAGCAUUGUUGCAGUCUCCUGAUUUUUGUUGAGAUGUAUAGAAGUGUUAUUUUUUUAUUUCUUAGUCACGGCUUGAACCUACACAGUUACUUUUUAAUGGAGGACAAAUUGUGAAUAAUAUAAGAUACUUAUUUAAUUAGUUAUUCAUAAAAUAUUAUUAGUGUUGAUCCUUGUCAUUUUACAAAUGACUGAGUUUUUAUUACCUGAAAUUGUUUGAUUUUUAUGUUUUCCAGUAAUAAUCGAAUAAACACUUAAACGAUUUAUUAUUAUUAUACCUACAUGUACAUACUGUUAAAACGUCAUAGAUUUAAUUAGGUACCAUGUACUUACUAUAUUAAUAAGAGAAAAUAUACGUUAUUGGUACUA